CGUCGCGCCGCACACGCGCGGCGCCCGUCUCGCGCCUCCUGUUGCCUCGCCUCUCCUCUUUGCUGCCGCCUAUCUCUCUGACUCUUGAGUGCGAUUACUACGAGUUGGUCGCGGCCGCAACGGUACCCGGCACCCGCUGCCCGAUUCGUGUCGCUGUCCUCUCGUCUCCCUCCUCCGCGGCGGCCGCCGCCGCGUUUCUGCCGCCACAGAGCGCGGGGGUAUGGAGCACGCGUGGCCCCCGUGAGCGCUUGGCUGAAGGGGGCCACCUGGCUCUGGGCAACUGGGAGGGAUGCGACUCUGGUGGGUGCUGAGCUGUGCGGUCACGUGGGCCGUCCUCGCCGUUCUGCUCCUCAGCAGGCUCCUGUCGAUGAACCGGCCACCUUACCGGGGUCUUACCACAGAGUUCUUCAGCAGAACAGAAAUUGGGAACUUUUCAAGGAGUGCAUCCAGACCCAAGCAACACCUGUCCAAGGAGUCGCCGGGUCGCGUGGAGACGCGGAGCACGGUGGAGGCGGUGCAGCGCGAGCGGCAGGAGCUGCUGCGCCGCGUGUGCGCCGACCCCGCGCUGCACAACCUCACGCACACCAACGUGUCCCACUUCGUCCUCAGCCGCAUCUUCGUGUGCGACCGCUACCGCAUCCUCUUCUGCCAGACGCCCAAGGUUGGCAACACGCAGUGGAAGAAGGUCCUCCUGGUGGCGAACGGCCGCUACAACAGCACGAGCGACGUGCCUGAAGACAUCGUGCACCAGCACGACAAGAACGGCCUGCCUCGCCUCUCCAGCCUCCCUCCUGGGGAAGUCUCCCUGAGGCUACGGACAUACUUCAAGUUCCUGAUCGUGCGGGAACCGUUCGACCGCAUCAUCUCGGCCUUCAAGGACAAGUUCGUGAAGAACCCGCGGCAGGAGCCGUGGUACAGACAGAGGAUAGCCCCGGCAAUUGUGCGCCGCUACGGCUCGGGCCCCGCCCGCCGCCACGCCCUCCGCUUUGAGGACUUUGUACGCUACCUGGGCGACGCGCAGGCCGAGCGACUGGACGCAGCCUUCGGCGAGCACAUCAUCCACUGGGUGACGUACGUGCGGCUGUGCGCGCCCUGCCAGAUCGACUACGACGCCGUGGGGCAUCACGAGACGCUGGAGAGCGACGCGCCGUACGUCCUGCGGCAGGCCGGGGUCCCGAGCCACGCGGCCUACCCGCCCAUCCCGCCCGGCGUCACAGCGUUCAACCGUUCCAAGGUGCAGCACUAUUUCCGCGGGAUCAGCCCCACGUGGAUCAGACGACUCUACCGCCGCUACGAGGGAGAUUUCCGGCUCUUCGGAUACGAGGAGCCCUCGUUUCUCUGGAUGUGAAUGUUGGCGGCGGAUAACGGCCGUGAUUGAGCGGAUCAGCCCAAAAUGACCAACGUUUUGUUUUGUUUUCAUUAUAUUUUUGUACACAUAAUGAAAUUAGAAGCCUUUUUGGAAAAGCAUUUAUGUUUUAGUGGUAUUACACAAAAAAACGUCAUACAUUGAGUGAAAUCCAUUUCUGUCUAUGUGCUCUGUGCAUACUUAUAUUUGACAGUCUAUCCUGAAAAUGUAUGUUGAUGCACAAAAAGUGGAAACCACUGUUCUCUUUAGACGUCCAAACCUUCAUUGUCAUACCAAGCUAAAUGGUGCAUUUCUAUCCACGUACCAAUGUGUUUUCUCAAUCUCCAUGACCUGAUCCCAUACUGGAAUGAGUCACUUGCAAUAUUUAUUUAACACCAUAUGCUGUCACAACAAGCGGCAAUGCUACGGAUUUUUGCCUGGCAUUUUAAACGUUGACGUUUGUAACGUGGGCAUUGUUUUCUGAAGAAGGCUGGAAUAAUGAAGCAGGACCGUGACGCUGGCUGUGUGUAUUUGGCUGGCCUCACAAACGAAAGUGUUUGGUGCUCGCUUGGCAUUUAAAACACACGUGUGGUCGUCCUGAGAUUCUGUACUCGGGAUGCACAACUGCACUACUGGAAGUGGUAUAGGUUUAUACCUACCAACCUCCCCUCACUGAUGUAUAUAGCCUCUUUCUGAUCGGUGAUAAGUUGGCAAUUCACACACCGUUAACUGCAAAAGGGAUGUGUGAAGCCAAGAAUCCAACUGAGUGUCACACAUUGCACGUGGCAGCACAGAUUGAUUUAUGGAUGUUUGAGACAAAUCCUCGAAUAACCAAUAAUAAUAAGAAACCGCAAGUGGCACAUAGAGACGCGACGGGGACUCGGCACAGCACUGCUGUUAUAACCCUGUUCACCGUCCCCAGUUUGUCGUUGUCAUAGUUGGCGACUUUUUAUUGAUCCUCAGCUCGUUGAGAGAGUGAGGUGUUUGAACAGUAAAUUGUGCCGUUGGGCAGUAUUGAAUUCGGUGGAAAUUCCCCAGUGGCAAAAUCCUCUGUUUUAGAAUAACGACUGUAGGCUGCUUAAUGAGGCUAAUAUACCAUGGUUUAAAGAUAAGUCCAAGAAAGGGCAUUGCUUUCCACAGUGUACGGGACAUUGAGGGCAGUGACUAGGGAACAUGCAGAGAUUAUGUUCGGAUGUGUUGGAAUUAAGUUUGAUUCCCAUGUUUGGCUGUAACUUUAAACAUGGUACGUGGGCUAUCGUGUCAUCUUAUGUAUUAUUAUUUUGCACUUCAUCCUGCAAAUGGUGUUGUUGAAUGAAACCAGAUGACACUGUGUAGCAGUUAAGAGCGAUUGGCUCGCAUUCAAACGGUUUAGAGGUAAAAUCCCGCAUGGGGCAGCCUACUCAACCCAUCAGUUUUAUAGCACGAAUAAAAUACAUACCACUCUGUGGCUUGUGGCUUAUCUGCCCGCAAGGUGAUUGUCCUAUUACCCUGAAAGUGUGGAAUUUCCACCGCUGCCUCAUGGCCACCAAUGGAAGUGAGUGCUCCCCCCUGUGGUUAAUCCAGCAGAGAAGAAUGGGGGCACGGGUGAGGUGGGACGGUUUCUGUAAUUUUGUUACUAACGAUAAUAACAAGCAGUCAAAGUAGGGGAAAUUGUAUUGUUAAAAAACCAACAGAACUAAUGGCUUGAAUUAAUUAAGAUGAGCUUGUAUAAAUGAAGAAAUUGUAUUUAGUGUUUGUAUAAUAAUUUAUCAACUCGCACAGGGAUUUCCAUAAUUACACCGUACUUGUCCACGGAGCUUGCCUGUCUGCAGCGGACGGGACCGUUAUGAGCCGUGUGGACUGCGUUUCUUAAGUCUCCCAUCGGUCGUCGCAUGUAUGUGUGUAUGUUGAAUGUCUUUCGCACGGUAUGUAGCCAACCGGGCACGCCUGUCGUUGCCGCCAUUUCAGUGGCGUUUGCGAUCCGUUUACACCCGUUUUUUAAACGGGGCAUUCAACGGCACCAUCCGUUUGCCGUGGGCCUGGUUGCUUUACGGCGGAUUAAUCGAGGCGCACAUUUCGUAACAUUGCGAGGAGGAUUUUAGAUUUGCACCUUAAGAGGGCAGCACCAAGACGUGCUGGUUGUACUCCAUCAUUUAAGGAAUCGUGUUGCUCAACUUAACUCUGGCUAGUGGUUGAUGAGCACAGUCAGGACCGUGUGGCUUUAGUUUUGCUUAAAGGUGCCAUGGGGUGAAGUGCACUGCGAUGGAGUUUGAAUGUGCAGGUUGGCGUGUGGAGCAGACUGGGAUGCGCAGCGUGGAGAAAUAUUUUUAUCAUUGCUGGCAGCUUCCAUUUCCACUUUAUUUGUUGAACAUUUUUGGAGACGAUGAUGAUGACGACGUUGCCUGCGUGAUUUAAAUUACCAAGCACUGUAGAUGUUGAGUGAAGGGAAGCUUCACAAACUUAGUGUUUAGUUAAAUUUUAAAAGUAGCAAAGGUAUCACAGCUCCUAAUGUAAAUGUAUCUACAGCCACGGUAGCUUGUGCUUUCGUCGUGGCCACAUUAGAGUGCUUUCUCUUCUGAUCUGACCUUUCUGUUCAAGGUUGCAGUCAGCUGGCAUCCCUGCUUGGGGCAGAAUCAAAACCGCUGUAGCCAGGGAGACCACGCUGUACGACCACUCUAUAUGCGCUUCACACUCGAGAGAGAGAGAGCUCUUCGAAAGUUUGGGGACCGCCGUCUGCAGCGAUAUCACUCCGUGGGAGUUAGCUUUGGUGCGGCUGCCUUGGCGCAGUGCGGUGCUGUGUUGAUGCGACUUUGCUUGAGGAGACAAUGGCAUGCACAGUCGUAUUCAUUGGCCUGUGGACUUGAUGCCACUGAACACGGGACAGGUCGGCCGUAUAAAGUACGCUGGUCUGCCAGCGAUUAGCAAACGGAAAACGGUGGCAGUUCAAGCAAUCCGAGCCCAUGCAUAUGUAUACUUGGUGACUGAUAGGCGGAACACGCGCUGAAAAAUACACAGAGGUAUGAGGAGAGGUGCAUGCUUGGAAUUGCACCGAGAGACUGAAGAGGGAACAACGUAGGUCAGAGAAAAAAAGCAAGUGACAGCCAUUGUGUUGACAAUGGUAAAUGGGCUUGGGCAGGACAAAUCACGAGGCCGGAUGACGACUGAUGAUGUGACUGGGUGGAUGGAUUAGCAGCCAAAGGAGAGAACGCACCCAAGAAGAUAAACCACCGCCAGAAAUGCGGCGAUGAGUUCGGUUCAUGUGCACAAGUGAGGUGGGCGGUAGCAGCACCAGACGUGUGAGGGAUGACAGCAGCAUGGGGAGGCCUUCAUCCAGCAGUGGAUAGACAAUGGCAGGAUGGUGGCAGGAACCACUUUGUGGGGUGUGACUUCACUGAGAACAACUUUAAAAAUUAAAAUCGUGCUGUGUGAUUCACUAUUACACAAUGGCUGUGAUUAUGGCCGAGGUGGAAUCCACAAAUUACGUAUUGUGAUUGAGUAAUAGUGUUACUUUCAGUUACAAAUUAUUAUUGUUGGGAAAAUGUAUUAAUGACAUGAAGAUCUUUGGGGGAAAGAAAUGUUGAGACAGUAAUAUUGUGCGAUUGAAUGCCAAUGCACGUGUCGUUUCAUUUACAUUGUGAUCCAGUUCCGCAGUCCAACAACUGGCUCUGGGAAGGGCGACGGUGUGCUCUAAGUGUACUGUAUCGAAGAUGAUGAUCACUGGUGGCAGGAAUGUCUGUCGCGUAAUUCUAGGCCAGCAACAUCCUUUGCCCGUCAGGUGAUGUUACUGCGAAGCAAGCCGCACCGAGAAAUCGUUAUCACCUUUCAGUUUGUGAGUAGUGGGGUGAAUUUUAAUUCGGUCACCAGUCACUGUAGCACAUGGCCACAUGUUGGUGUGUGUGCGUGUUAUUCGUUUUGCACUGAUCACUGAAAGAAACCGAACAAUUAUGUAAAACAGUGGCUUCUUUUUUAUUCCACUAAUCGGAUGUACUGUAUUUAAAAAUGUGUGUAAAAUAAAUCUUUAAAAAAUCGGUCUUGUUUUAUCAUCCUGUUAUCACACCGGGGCCUAAAGUAGUUAAUCCGAAGAAGAUGCUUGUGCUUGCCAUUAUAAAGUGUCGCGUCCAUCACCAGGUCAUGGCCACCAAUUGAGCUGAGCGCUUUGUAAUUACACGCUGUCUUUUGAAUGUGUAAAACUGCACAAACAAAUGUUCAUUUACAAUUUGACUGCCAUUACAUCAUCUUGGAAUGCUGACAUUAUGUCAUGCAUGUGUAGUGACAUCGGGGAUGUCACUGUAUAGUGCCGGCCCGGAAGGGCCAUGCCGUUUGAUGUUCCUACAUCGUGGACGGCACUGUGUGGGUGGCUGUGUGUAAUACCAGCCCGAGUGGGGCUUGGUGAGCACUGGGAUAGUGCGGGCACCACGCACAGCGUGUGGUGGGGGGGCUCCCGCGAGGGGGAGUGGGUGAGCGUCAGCCCAGGGGCAGGGUUUCCCCGGGGGCAUGGCACUCUGGUUGACCCCGUAGACACGUGAUCCGGAAUGUCCACACAAGGGCCCACAGGUGGGGGGGGGGGGGGGGGCUAUUGGGUGAUCACGUGUCCGGGGAGAGCUCUUGAGAAGGAUCGAGAGGGGACGAGAAUGCUCGAGAGGGAACGAGAAUUCUCGAGAAGGCAGGCGGAGCGGCCCCGACCGUAGGGGGAUAUAAGGCGGGUCCUUGAGAGUGACCGGGGUCGCUUCAUUCUCUAAGCUGGAAGCUCAACAUCUAUAAGCGGGAAGCUCUACGUCUCAAGCUGAAGCUCUUCGUCCUAUGAGGCAACCACGUGGUCGGGGACCCGAGUGAGGAUCCGACCCUUCGUAGAAGUAACUCCUCUGUAUAAUGUAGUUAUCUGGGUGGUCACCACCCUAAGCUGUAUCUGGUAAGGGGCAGUUACCCCUUUGUGUUACGGUGUUACAAUAAAUGUGUUGCCUCUUAAAGGAACAACGUCUGUGACUCAGUUGGACUCACUACACAUGCUGAACUUCUUUCGCACCGUACGUAGCCAACCCUGCUAAUCAGAGGUGCGGAGAGUUCACACUGGACUUGCAAUCCUGAUAUUGUUAGUUCAGUUGGAUCUUAUAGCGGAGGAGCUGAAACAAUGGUGCGAGCUUCUUAUACGCACCAAGCUCUGUCCACCCAUCAGUGUGCGUACAACCACUGUUAGUCGGCGGCAAGUCGUGUGCGGUGGAGUAAAAUUGUGGGUACUCCCAUCUCUUCCAAUAUGUCGAAGCAGGGUGAAUGACACGGCCAAUUUUUCUCGAGGGGGGCUCUAUUGGGCUCUCUCUAGCCAGACGCCCUUCUUCCAGCAGUGGCGUGAGCAAUAAAUUGCAGGGCUGCGCAUUUACCCUUUGCACCACCACAGCGCCAGUUGUCGGUCAGGCUCGCAUCCCCGUGCAUAUGCACACACAGGCAAACUAGGAGUUUAUUUAGGAAUAUUUUAACGUUGUGCAUGCAUGUUGUCUGCCCAUUGCGAGGUGGUCAUCAAGGUUAACAGGGUUGAGCUCUGAUAUGCGCUCAGUGGCGCUCGCCAAUGCAUGACGGGGUUAUCAGCUGUGGGGGCAAUAGGGAUGCUGCUGUCGGACAGUACUGUACAGUGCCACCACGAUGACCUCCCCCCCACACGACAAAUCACGUGGGGCACGCAGCACAGCACAAAUGGUAGACAAACAGCUCCACCCCCUGCCAUCCAUGGGGCGCAUAUCGAUCGGUCUCCGCUCGCUAAGCUAACAUUUUGCUCGUUUUGCGGACAAAUGGGUAUAAAUAAAAAUGUCUCAUAGUAAAUUCUCGUAGAAAGAAUGCUCGUUAAGCGAGACACGUUUGUACAUAAAUAUAGAAUUACUCCAUUGUACAGCUAUGCUCCCGUGUAUAUACUCCCAUCCAACCAGCACUGACCCUCCCUUGCGGUGUGGUACGGCCAAAUGACCCACACAACCCACAAGGCUUGGGACAGCCCUAGUCCACCAGCGGAUCGGCGUCUGGGCUGUGCAUGUACACAUGGGACUAAUCUACAUGUGUACGUGAAUACCUCGUCCGAGUAUAAUAACAGACAGAGAGCAUGAGGGAGGAGAAGGAUGAUCCAGGCUAGUCAAGCUAGACAACCAUGUCAGGAGCAGCGGAGUGUAUCACUGUAAUGGUGUGUUUUGGAUGACCACAGCCGCACACUGGAGAGUAUUUUUAUUUUCCGUUUGUGCAUCGGGUAUUGCCAUUUGCCAUGGUUGGUGCCAACGGAUGCGGUUUAGGGUGGACCACGAGCUUCGCGGAAGAUCAAAACCCAGGGAUCAUCAGCACUGUCAUGCCAUGCCAACUAAAUUGCCGGCAGUGCACGGGCUGUCCAGAUAUGUAGCGCUGUCCACUGGUGCGCGUGCGUGCGAAUCAAACGCAGGUGUUGGCAUCCCGCGCCAGUGAGGGCCGAGCACACGCAAGGCAGCUUGGGUGGCGCGGGUGGGGACGUUGUGGUUCUGCACGGAGUUGUCUUUGUGACAGACGCCCGCUCUCUCCUCUCUCACUCUUCAUGAAAGCACAUGCAGUGUUUCCGAUCCAUUUAGUUCCGUCAGUACACUGUGGGGUUCAUGCUGGGACGUACGCAUGGUUUAGCAGUUUGACGUAAUAAAGUACCAAGAUGGCGAUGAAAUUGAAUCUUCACUGUAAGGGAUGCGCAGUUUGUAUUAGAGUAGACAUUCAUUUUGAUUCUAAUUAUUUUUAAAUAGUUCACAAUGUUAAUACGUCGAUUGGAUGGCGCUUUAAACGUGCUUGUGAUGUGUAAGGUGGCCACGUUAUGGAAAUACUGUUGGCUGCUCGAUUUCAUUGUUUAGUGCAUGAUUUC